AUCUAGUUAUAGUUUUAGCAAAGUGUUAUCAAAUUUUCACUACCAAAAAAGAAUGGAGAAUCUUGGUUGGUUUCCUACAAAUGGCAAAAAGGCAAUGGAAGAAGAGCUUAUUAGAGGACGUGACAUGGCAAAUCAAUUACUAGAAGUACUUACUUUUGAAGAUAAGUCUAAUAUUAUUAAACAAAUCAAAGGGUCAAACUCAAGAUCAUCAAAAGUGUUACCUAAAGAUGUUGCUCAAGAUCUUGUUCGAGAGGUACUUAAAUCAUUGACAAAUACACUUUUGUUAUUGAACAAGAGAGAAGACUCUAGUGAUGUUCCUAUAACAGUUAGAGAAUUUUCUUUCUCAACCAAUUGCCACAAGAUGGAGGAGGAUCUGGAUGAAGCUUGCGAACAACUAAAAACUCUCAACACAGAAAGUCCAAAAGGAACGAAAAAGAGAAAGUUAUCUGUACCGACUUGGGAAAAAACCACCUCAAUAUUGAUUGAUGAUGGUCAUACAUGGAGAAAAUAUGGACAAAAAACAAUAGCAAAUUCCAAAUUCGUCAGGAGUUACUAUAGGUGUACACACAGCGAUCAACAUUGUGAAGCAAUGAAACAUGUUCAAAGAAUUCAAGAGAAUCCUCCAUUGUAUAAGACUACGUGUUAUGGCUAUCACACUUGCAAAAACUAUUUUCAAUCAAAUAUAAUUUUUGAACCCGUUUCGUCAUCAGACUCUUCUAUAAUACUUAGUUUUGAUAAUAACAUUCCAAGUAAACAAGAAGAUAUGUUAUGGUCAUCGCCACCAUUGCCACCACUAUCACCGGUUCGCGUCUCUUCGGAAGGGAAUCAUGUGGAAGUAAUGCAUGUUGAUCAUUUUUCUCAAAAUCAAUUUUUUCUUUCGGAGAAUCUCCAAUUAUGGGAAUCUGAUGUUUAUUUAAACCUUUUGAGGGACGUUAAUGUGUUACCACCAUUGAGUGAAAACUUAGGUAUUCUUAAAUAG